GGAAGCUUUCUCCGUGGUACCUUCCGGCCUCCACGGCCGUAUUUCCCGUGCUGCACCGCGGCCUCCUCUUUCUCUUCCGGUCCCAGGCGCGUCGGGAGCCGCGGGCUUGGGCGCAGACAUGGCCAAGUCCAAGAACCACACCACGCACAACCAGUCCCGAAAAUGGCACAGAAAUGGCAUCAAGAAACCCCGAUCACAAAGAUACGAGUCUCUUAAGGGGGUAGACCCCAAGUUUCUAAGGAACAUGCGCUUUGCCAAGAAGCACAACAAGAAGGGCCUGAAGAAGAUGCAGGCCAACAACGCUAAGGCCAUGAGUGCGCGCGCUGAGGCUAUCAAGGCCCUCGUAAAGCCCAAGGAGGUCAAGCCCAGGAUUCCAAAGGGCAGCAGCCAAAAGCUCAAUCGACUUGCCUACAUCGCUCACCCCAAGCUUGGGAAACGUGCUCGUGCCCGCAUCGCCAAGGGUCUCAGGCUGAGCCGGCCAAAGGCCAAGGCCAAGGCUCCAACCCAGCCCCAGGCUGCGGGUGCAGGUGCAGCCCCAGCUUCAGCUCAGGCUCCAGCUCCCAAAAGUGCCCAGGCCCCGGCUCCCAAAGGUGCCCAGGCCCCGGCCCCCAAAGGUGCCCAGGCUCCGGCUCCCAAAGGUGCCCAGGCCCCGGCUCCCAAAGGUGCCCAGGCCCCAGCUCCCAAAGGUGCCCAGGCUCCGGCUCCCAAAGGUGCCCAGGCCCCCACGAAGGCUCCACAGUAGAGGCCUCUGUCUGCGGAUGUGAGGACAGAAGGACUGGUGCGACCCCCGGGCUACUGUCUGCAUGGAGCUGGUGUCCUCCUGUGCUAUUUGUACAAAUAAACCUGAGUCAGGAUCUGUCA